AAUUCGCUUACGCUACCGAGUACCGCCCGGUGUUUCUUUCUCCAUCGAAGCCCACAUCUUCGAUACUCCUGUCCGCUGUCCCCAACGGUCCUCGAGUGAAAACACAAUCCUCGACAAUCUGAGGAGAAACUGCUGAUAUCCCCGGGCGUCGAGGACCCCAAAAAGUGUUCCGAGCUGCCGCCGCCGCUGGUGCGCUCUCUCCGGGCGCGUGUGAGUGUGUCAAGUGCCCAGGGAGUUUCAGCGAAUAGUUCCUCUGUGUGCUGUCUGGAGAGAAUCUGGUGGUGUUGUGUAUAAAUUUCGGAAGCUGCGACUGGCUUAAGCUGCUAGCUGCUCCUAUGGCACAAGAAAGAAAUCAGACCCAACAUCAUGACUGUCAGCCGAUUCCGCCAUUCAUUGAUGAGGAGAAAGUUCUGCUCCAGUCGUACGAUUACAUCGCUUCCGUCCCUGGAAAGAACGUUCGGAAGAAGCUCACAGAAGCAUUCAAUUUCUGGCUCGAAGUCGAUGCGCAGGUUUGUGAUCGCAUCGCUGACAUAGUGUCCCUUCUGCACAACGCGUCUUUACUUGUAGACGACAUCGAGGACAACAGCAGUCUUCGUCGAGGAGUUCCCACAGCUCACCGCGUCUUCGGCAUACCCUCUACACUGAACACAGCGAAUUACGUUUAUUUUCUCGGGCUCGAGAAGUGCUUGAAAUUGGGGAACUCGAGAGCUGUGGAGGUUUUCAGUGAACAAAUGCUGGAACUGCACCGCGGGCAGGGUAUGGAGAUAUACUAUCGCGAUAACUUGAUUUGUCCGACUGUUGAAGCCUAUGAACUGAUGGUCAAGAGGAAAACCGGCGGACUCUUCGGCUUGGCCGUGAAAAUGAUGCAAGUAUUCUCCGGAUCCCCGAAGGCUACGGAAGACUAUUCAACUCUUACAGCACUGUUCGGUCUCUACUUCCAAAUCCGGGAUGAUUACGAGAAUCUAGUCAGUGAAGACUAUGCGAAAAACAAGACGUUCUGCGAAGAUCUCACGGAGGGGAAGUUUUCGUAUCCAAUUAUCCACGCCAUUCGAUCGGAACCGGCUGACGGUCGCAUCAUAAGUAUUCUUCGACAGCGGACUCAAGAUGAGGAUUUGAAAAAAUACGCCGUCUCUUUUCUCCGCACAUUGGGGAGUUUGGAACACACCCGCGCGCGUCUUCAUGAGUUGGACAAACUCUGCCGCGAUGAAACCGAAAGACUUGGUGGGAACAAGCAUCUUAUUUGCAUUCUCGAUGAGCUCGAAGUUCGGUGAUAUUAGGUCUAAAGAAUGCUUCUCGAUCCCAUACGGGCAUUUGUUCAAAAACUACGAGAUAUGGACCGCGGAGCAUGAAUUUAUCACGAGAUGUUCAGUUAGAUUUUCAGUUCCGAGUGAAGGUUCGACUCUGCACAAGGGGAGAACACCCUGCAAUUUUUGAGAAUUCUGUCAUACAAGCUUUCAUACAUCGUAGGUCUCGCUCUGUUGUUGUAUGUGGAGUGGAAAUAAAUUUUGGAUACUGUUUUCUUGAAAGA